CAGCUUGCUAACUGACCAGUAGCUAUGUCCUCUAAAUUAGCGAAAAGUCUUAAGAUACGGGAAUGGUCUUUUAAGCUUGCAUUGCUAGAUUUUCUCUGGUAUCUCUGGUAUAUCUUGAUGAUAGAUGGAUAUCAAAUGGCUGGUCUUGUUGGAAUUUUUCUUACUAUACGUCGAUUUUAGUGGUGAUUGUUCUUGGCGAGCACGAGCAUCACAUCAAAAGAAAGGCGGGUUUUUCCCUUGCAUCUUGCGACCUAAUGGCGAUUGGAGUACCCAAGUAAUGGAGGGCAAAUUUUUUUUUUUUUUGGCCUUCUCAGGAGGCGGGCUUGAAGGAGUCUGCCAGGUAAUCCUAGACAAGACGGAAACAUCAUCCUGCGGCCUUCUGCACGACAUACACUUUCGUCCAGCAACGAAGGCCAAGGACGGUGGCGAUACACGCGAGGAGCCUGCAGAUAAUGGGUCAUGGCAGACGUAGUCAGCCGUGCCUUGGAGCGAUUACUUGCAGGACGC